CGGGGGACGGGCCGGAGCGGGCCUCGCCAUUGGCUGUCUGUGGCUGGGCUGAGGGGAAGCCGCUGCUGCUGCUGCUGCACCGGGGGAAGGAGCGCGGCAUGUGCCGCGGGGCUGAGCCCCCGCUGCCCGGUAGCGAGCCUGCAGCCUGAGAGCCCCGCCGCCGAGGAGGUGUUGUGCCCUGGGUAACAGGACACAGAAAGAGUCGCCGGAAGCCCGGUGACUCGCUGCCCAGUGCGGAUUCCUGGGGCUAGUUACGCGCCGUGAGGAGCUGCUGCUGCUGCUGCUGGAAAUAAUGUCAACAUGUCUGUGCAGUCAUUGCUUUGUGAGAGAAUCGCUGUUGCUAAGGAAUUAAUGAAGAGAGCAGAAGCCCUUUCCAGAUCACAGAAAGGAGGUAUAGAAGGUGGAGCAAAGCUAUGCACCAAAUUGAAGGCCGAGUUGAAAUUCUUGCACAGGGUGGAGGCAGGGAAGGUGGCCAUUAAGGAGUCCCAUCUGCAGAGUACGAAUCUUACACAUCUCCGAGCCAUAAUUGAGUCAGCAGAGAACCUGGAAGAGGUCAUCAGUGUCCUUCAUGUCUUUGCCUAUGAAGACUGCUUUGGAGAAAAGCAAACGCUGAUGGUAGAUGUUGUUGCAAAUGGUGGCCACACUUGGGUGAAAGCAAUUGGUCGAAAGGCUGAAGCUCUUCACAAUAUUUGGCUGGGCCGGGGCCAGUAUGGCGACAAAAGCAUCAUUGAGCAGGCGGAGGACUUCCUGCAAGCGAGCCAUCAGCAACCAGUGCAAUAUAGCAACCCCCAUAUUAUCUUUGCUUUUUAUAAUAGUGUGUCCAGUCCUAUGGCAGAGAGAUUGAAAGAGAUGGGCAUAUCUGUGCGAGGAGAUGUAGUUGCUGUUAACUCUUUGGCAGAGCACUUGACUGAAGAGAGACACCUAAGUGCCAGUGAAUCUGAUGAAGAGAGCCCUGAGCGCCUGCAGGUGACCAGAGUAGACCGGGACAAUUUAGUAGCCAGCAUUGCUUUUCCUACAGAGAUCAAAGUAGAUGUGUGCAAUAGGGUUAACUUGGACAUCACUACUUUAAUUACAUAUGUCUCUUCCCUUAGCUAUGGUGGCUGCUACUUCAUUUUUAAGGAGAAAGUGUUAACGGAGCAGGCAGCACAGGAAAGGCAGGAGAGAGUCCUGCCUCAGUUGGAGGCUUUCAUGAAAGGCAAGGAGCUGUUUGCUUGUGAAUCUGCAGUCAAAGAUUUUCAGUCAAUCUUAGAAACUCUAGGAGGACCUGGGGAGAAGGAUCGAGCCAUCUCUCUCAUGAAGAGAAUUAAUGUGGUGCCGGACCAGCCCUCUGACCGUGCCUUAAGACUAGUGGCUAGUUCAAAAAUCAAUAGCCGCUCUCUAGCCAUCUUUGGGACAGGAGACACUUUAAGAGCCAUCACGAUGACCGCAAACAGCGGUUUUGUUAGGGCAGCAGCUAACCAAGGGGUUAAGUUUAGCGUGCUUAUCCAUCAGCCAAGGGCACUGACUGAAAGCAAAGAGUCUGUUGCCACGCCUUUACCAAAGAACUGCACAGCCGAUAGUGGGCUUUGACUAAGCCAUCUAAUUAAUUAGUCAUUAAAAUAACUGUUUAAAUGUGCUGCAGUGGAGGCAGUUCAAGAAAUAGAACUCUCAAAACAAUACACUUUUUUUUUCUUUUUUGUGUGCCAGAUCCUGAUAGGUGUAGUAACUUACCUUCAAAUGAAAAAUUCAAGAAAAGCAGAAAAUCUGUACACCAUUCAGAAUAGUAAUGGAUGAAGAAAUAUAAGUUAAAACACGUACAUCCUCUGUAUGUGGAAUUUUUGUUCUUAACUCAGUAGAGUAUACCAUAAUUUAUUCAUGGGGAUAACUGCAUUUCAGUGGAAAAUGUUAACUGUGUUCUACCUUAUUAAAAAAUUCAGUUAGAAACUCAAGCCAAGCGUGCUGCUAGUGUAUCUGUGCCCUGUGGCGUUUUCAUCCCCUUUUGAGGGACUACAAUUUUUAAAAAGGAUUGUGAAAUCACCUCUGCAAAAUGUAAGCAAAUAGGAUAAGUAAAAGGAUAAUUUGAUUUUUCAUUUAUUGGAUAAAGUGAACUACUAAAAAAACAUGCACCAUGUUAAACAUGUGCAGUAUGCUAAGGAAUGGUUGUAAUGUACCAACUGAUCACGUGUACAAAUGCCAAUGCCCUGAUCCUCAAAGGUAUUUGAUUUCAAUAGGAGUUAAGUUCCUAAAUGCCUUUUGAGCAUCUGGGUCUAAGUCUUUCACCUCUUUUGGUUUUAAAAAGUGUAUAUCUGGACUGUAGUACAGAAGACAGACUUAGGAGUUUUGGCUAUAGCUUAACUUCCCAGGAAAAAACUGAAAUUGGAGUUUCAUUGGCAUUUUCACUUUUUAUUAAUAUGCCAGGGCUUGCGAGCGGGUGCCUCUGGCAACCCAAUACUGUAGCUGCACUGAAGAAAUUCUCCCCUUCUCCUUGUGGGCUGUUUACAUUUCCUAUAUGCUGCUGAAGCAAGGGGCAGAAUCUCUCCCAGUGUCCCACGGAAUGUGAUGUUGGUGUUCCAGCAGGCAGAACUCUCUUGUAUUGAGCCACCCCGGAACCAGUGUCCAAGCAGAGUGCUAAGGAGCACUAUAUUGCUGAAGGUUCAGAGCCAGAUUCUUGGAUCCUGCUGUAUUCCCUUUUGUUAUUCAGCAGCCCAAGGGGAAUAGAAAUCUCCCUUAGGUCCCCUGAGUGUGUGUAUUUGGGGAGAGAUGAUGCUGAUUUGGAGAAAUAGGGUGGAUUGCUGCUGAUUACUCAUUUCAUAAAAGCAGAGGCUACUUCAUUGGUGGGUGAUGCCAUCGCUGUCCAGACACUGUAGAGAAUUUAAAAAACCCAUUUUAUUUAGUCUUCUGUCUUAUCGAAAAGGGAACACUGAUUAAUAUUUGAAAUGAGUUACAUUUGUUUAGAUGUUUGUCACAUCACUGCUGAUAUGUUUAUGAUUAGUAUUUUGUUCACAACGGACAAUGAAAGAAUGCCAGAGUGAAAAAUGGAGCACUGAGCAAUACAUUUUAUCAAGAUGGCUAGAAAGUAUCUGCUGAAUAUUUUGUACAGUUGUUGGAAAGGUAUCUUUAUCCCUGCCACUUGUAAUUCAAAUGAAGGGCAUUCCUUUAUGUUUGGCUUUCCAAGGGCAAUGCUCAAUACAUCGUUGGUGGAAGGAGGGGAGAGGAGAGGAAUCUAGUACUCACUUUACCUUUAGAGAGAGAAAUAUAUGCAGACUACAUAGAGGGUGAAAAAACUGAGAAAGCAUGUGAUUCAUAGGUAUAGCUAUGAUUUCUGGUCAACAGUUUGUCUGCUGUACCUUUGCAGUUAAACAGUGUUCAGAUACACCUGUUUUCCCUCUAAUCAGUGAGGUAAUUCUUGAGGUAUAGACAAGGCCAGUGAAAUUUGCAUAUGUUUGUGCUAAUUAAAUAUCUUCUCCCCUAUCUGUAGAGGUUUAUGACUGGGUAAGUUAAUGUGACUCUGUGAUUAAGCUGUUUGUUUAUGAACACAUGUCCAAAUUAUUCACACAGAGGUUUAGCAGUGUAACACACAAAAUCAUAAAACAGUUGCCCAAGUAGGUAUGUGUCACCUGAGGUUCCUUUGCUCAGAAGGAAUGAAGAAUAUACUCAGUAGAAAGGAGUACAGAAUGUUGGACAUGCUAAAUAAAGAUACCCUACCCUUCUGGUAGAAUAUCCUGGUUCCCUCACACAUGGAUUGGGGAAGAAGAUGGUUUAGUAUGGUAGAUGUGUUUUGGUAAAGCUAAACUGCAGCCUUCAGUGAAAUGUCCCUGUUCUAUAAAUAGGGAGUUAGAGAGAGGUCCUUAACAUUCCUGUUGUUGGGUAUCCCCAUUCUUGAAGACAGGAGCAAUUUUUCUUUCAUUUCUUCCCCUCCCCCGCCCCCAUAGAAAGGGCAGCUCAAACCCCCUUGAGUUCUCAAUAGAACAUAGCAGUUCAAACCAGUGGACCAUAACAUCCUUUAUCGGGCCAGUACCAGAAUGUGCAAGAAAUCUCACAGUGAACAGUGUGUGAAAUAAGCAGUCCAUAUGGGAAGUUUUUCUCUAACCCCAGUCACAC